CUUUUUAUCUAAAAUUAGUACAAGAGUCCAAGAUUUACGUCAGAAACAGCAGUUACUGAGGUGACAUUUCCUCCGUCAAAAUGUGCAGGCUUUAAAUUUGAGUGAUGGAGGGUUAAAAAAGUACGAUGUUCACUUUAAUAAUACAAACGUGUGUAAAACUCUUCAUUUGGUGAUUUGAGUGGUGGAGAGCUUUUAUUUGUGUGAAGACUCUUUCUUGCAGCAUAGACUGUGAGUAUCGGCUAUUUAAUUAGGUUUUAGAAACUAGGAAAUCCACAUAGGUACCUAUAUGCAUUUACGAAUUGAAUAGAAUGGUGAGGGGAAAGGUGCAUCUGAAAAAGAUUCAAAACCCUGUAAAUCGUCGGGUUACAUUCUCCAAACGCAAGGGCGGACUGUUGAAGAAGGCGAAGGAGCUUUCUGUUCUCUGCGAUGCUGAAAUUGGCCUUAUCAUUUUUUCGCCGACGGGGAAGCUGUACGAGUUUGCAAAGCCCAGCAUGAACAGAAUAAUUGGGAAGUAUCAAAAUGGUUAUGCUUCUACAGAAGACAAACCAAAAAUACCAGAUAAUAUAGAGAUGCUACGUUUGGAAGUGGAGAACAUGCGGAAAAGGAUUACUUAUCUAGAAAAAACCUACAAAAAUAUGAUUGGUGAAGAUUUGAAAUCGUUAAAUUUUAAGGAGCUCCAAUGUCUUGAGAAGCAAAUGAGCUUGGGUGCCAAAAGGAUAGGGACAAAAAAGGAAAAAAUGUCACUAGAGCAUAUCCGGUCUCUAAAAAUGAAGGCAAAAUCACUUAUAGUGGAAAACGCUUAUAUGUUUAAAAAGAUUGGUAGAAGUCGCACGGCAUGGCACCUUAAUAAUGACACCGUGGAAGAAGUCAACUAUAAUUUGGAAACAGAUGCUGCAACUCAACAAGAUCUACCUCAAACUAAUCUCAAUCUCGCCCUCUCAUGAAUUCAAGGGGACUCUAUGGUCAAAGUGAUUUUUCUGCAACUUAUUUCAGGCACAGUGAAGUUCCAACAGUACAGUUUUCAAACAGAUUAUAUAUUAAGCAAUCAAGUAUUCCAUUAAUGUUCUUAGGUUCGCACCUCUCACUUUCUUUGUUUUCUAUGCUAUGAAUUGAGCUGGGCGCUCAAUCUUUUCACAUUAAUUUUAGCAAAUUGAAAAUAACUUCUAGAUUGAAAUAGUAUACAAGGGUAAAUUUCAGAGCGUAUUAUGGUUCUCUUUAAUGUAAAGGCCAGAAUCUGUAACCUGCAACAAACCAUAAUCCAUCAAAAUUUCCUUAAAUUGUUUUUCAUGGUUACAAAUUUUUAGCAGGUUGCAUCUCCCAAACAAAAUAUUUUAGAAGAACACUUGAAUCAAUAUUAGCUAUGCAAGGUAUGUAUUAUAGUGCCAUUUUCUGUACGCGCUGUUUUUCAAAUGCUU